ACCGCUCAGUCAGUACUCGGUUUCCCUUUUCGCAGUGCCACAGGCUCCAAACUGAAAACACUUCAGUCCUCCUCACAACGGACCUCCACAUUUUACACGUAUGACUUCACGGCUGUGAAAAUAAACUCCGGCUCGUGCUCAGUUGAGUUUAUCUGCGUGUCAGGCUCCGUACAACUCCUCCAUGUCCCACUGUGGUAGACUCACAGCCCCAGCGGCUCCCCGGCAGGCCUCUCUGUUCACCGUGUGAGCAUCAGUCCUCACGCCGCGGUUGGGUGGGUCCAGCUCGGCCACAGAGGCAGCAUGGGCCCGGUGCAUCGCUAGCCUCCGCUCUGAAAGCUAUCGCACCGGUGGAAAACAGUUUUAGCUUGGAUGUCACUGCUACCGGAGUUUGUCUGUCAGAAUGAACGGCACUCAGCAGAGUGAUACAAAGAGACAGAACCUCCUGGAGAGGCUGCUGGAUGCUGUCAAACAGUGCCAAAUCCGCUUUGGAGGAAGAAAGGAGAUUGCCACGGACUCAGACAGCAGGGUGAUCUGUCUGUGUGCCCAGUUUGAAGCAGUGCUGCAACAUGGUCUGAGGAAGAGCCGAGGUCUGGCUCUCACCGCUGCCGCUCUCAAGCAGGCUGCAGGCUUCAGCUCCAAAACUGAAGCAGAGCUGACUUUCUGGUUCUACGUGAAGGAACAUCUGAACCGCCAUGAGCUCCAGCGGUUCUACUCUCUACGUCACAUCUCCUCAGAGCUGGGCCGAGGUCGUGCCUGGCUGCGCUGCGCUCUCAACGAGCACUCACUGGAGCGCUACCUGCACACACUGCUGGCUGACCGCCCACGCCUGGGAACUUACUAUGAAGAGUGGGCUUUUAUUCUUGAUGAAGAGAGAGCAAGUAUGCUCCCCACCAUGGCUGCAGGUCUGAACUCCAUCCUGUUUGCCAUCAACAUCGACAACACUGACCUGAACGGCGGGGUGAUGCAAAGAGGAGGCUCCUCUAUGUCCCACCUCCUUAAGGAAUCAACGCAGGGAAUCGGCAGCCUGUGGAAAGAGUCGACUCAGGGGGUCAGCAGCCUGCUGCGAGAGAUCAGCACUGCCACGGCUGUGGUGCCCGGGUUUACUCCUAGAGUGGACGGAGCCUCAGACCCGCUACCUGUCCUGCCACGUAGCAGCUCUGCUGACUCAGGACUGAGGAAAGAGCGCCGGAGGAAAAAGAAAAUCACCAACAUCAUUUCCUUUGAUGACGAUUUGGACGGAGGUGCGGAGGAUGAGGAGGAGGGAGAGGACGACUCCCAGAAGAUAGGCGCAAUGAGGAAGAGCCACACUGCUCCUGCUCAGAGCAGUGUAGAGGAAGGCGUAGAUCCUUUGGAGCCGGCCUUCUCCGAGUCGCCUGCCCAGAAUGGCCUGGCUGAGCCGGGCAUAGUCAGCUGGGUGGGGUCCCCCCAUCCUUCUCGCACUCCACCAACUACUACACCUCCUCUGCCUGACAGUAAGAGUAUAGACAACGAGGAGGAGGAAGAAGAGGAGGAGAUGUACAAACCCAGAGCACAAACCCAGGAGGAGGAGAGGGGCAGCGCUGAUCAGGUGGUGGUCGGCAGCCUGUCCAGUGUGUCCACGUGGAGCCCUCUACAGGUGAUGACUGACCACAGCAGCUCGGACAUCCUCAUUCCUGUGAACCCUGCAGACUCACAGCCAGUGAGCUCUGUGGAAGACACAGCUGCAUUUCCUGCUCAGUGCGAGUCAACAGGCCCGGUGGGAAACUGUGAGAGCAGCAGAUCGCCUUUAACAUUUAAUAUGGAGUCCAGUCCACCGACGCAGUCUGCUCCACUCUCCAGUGUGCUGCCAACAUCUGGUCUGCCAGAGUCCAUGACAGUGGUGGAGCUUCGUCAGGCCAUUGUAGCCAUGAUGAACAGGAAGGACGAACUGGAGGAACAGAACACGUCUCUUCGCAGUCUGCUGGAUGGGGAGAUGGAGCACUCAGCAGGCCUGAGGCAGGAAACUGAUCUGCUCAAGAAGAAGCUGGCAGAGCUGGAGGAGAGACACACAGCCAAGGUCCAGGCACUGGCCAGGGAGAAUGAGGUCCUGAAGGUCCAGUUGAAGAAGUAUGUGGGGGCGGUGCAGAUGCUGAAGAGAGAGGGGAGCCAGGGCAAUGAUGCCCUGUCAGUGUUGCGGUCAAGUGAAGAGCAGGCCCCUGUCCCACAGAAUAAGUUCAUGGGUGACAUCGAGGAGUUGGCUGCCAGCUAUGAACGCAAACUCAUAGAGGUGGCCGAGAUGCACGGUGAAUUGAUAGAGUUUAAUGAGCGCCUGUAUCGUUCCCUCAUGGCCAAAGACCACCUCAUUGUCCAGAUGAGACAGGAGCUCAUUGACCUGAGAGGCCCGGUUCCAGGUGAUUUAAGCCAGACGUCGGAUGACCCCAGCCUGUCAGAUUUUGAGACGGCUCAUCGCGCUCUCAUCAAUGUGUGGAUCCCCUCUGUGUUCCUGCAGGGCAGAGCUGCCAAUGCCUACCAUGUCUACCAGGUGUACAUCCGUAUCCUGGACAAUGAGUGGAAUGUGUACAGGCGCUACACCGAGUUCAGGGAGCUCCACAACCACCUGAGGACCCAGUUUCCACAGGUGGACGCCUUCAACUUUCCACCCAAGAAAGCCAUAGGGAACAAGGAUGCCAAGUUUGUGGAGGAGAGGAGGAAGCAGCUGCAGGGCUACCUUCGCAUGGUGAUGAACAAACUGAUCCAGACACUGCCAGAGUUCGCAGCCCGCCCCACCAAAGAGACCCUGCUGUCUCUGCUGCCUUUCUGUCUAGACACUCCCCAGGCCAAUGACAGCGGAGCCAAGACGCCCCGGUCCAAAACUUCAUCCCGCUUCCCCAGACUGGGCCGCAGCCGCAACCAGGAAGCCAGACCUGAACCCCAGAGCGGCGACCUUUAACCCCCCAGAGCCUAUAAACUAGUACUCUCGCUGUAUAGGCUGAAGACAACCAUGUUCCCGUGUCCACCCUGGACUGUGACACAUGGGCUCACACUGUGUGAGGACAUAAAGGGCGUCAAACGGACCUUCAAAGCCUUACAGAUAAAAGGCCUCAGUCGAAGAGGGGAGAUGGAUGCGUUCACGUAGCAGGCCUCUCUAGGAGAUAUGUAAAUGUUGCUGUGCAUCGUCUGGCUGAGAGAAGGAUAAAUGACUCCCCCGAGGCUGCCUAUCGAUGGACCCAAUCAUACAGCACCUCUUACCUCACUGAGAGACAAAAAGACUCUCUGUAAACUGCACAUGAACUUGCCAGGACUGCUCUCUCUAAUCUCAAACACAGUGAGAUGAUGGAGAUUUUUUUUUUUUUUUUUUUAACUCUGCUCAGUUUUGUAGUGAAAGUGUAUCAUGGUCACAGUGCCUACAGUGUUUUGUAGCUGCUUUCCUGCUCUGGGUGAAGAGGGGGUAUAUUAAAGUAAUAUCUUGGGGGAUGAAGGUUGUUUUUCAGCUAAUGUGUCAGCAUUAUGGUGCCAUUACAUUUAAGACGACGAUGAUUCACUAUCUCUGGCAACGGGCAUUCCUUUUUCCUACUUCUGUUAUUUUAUUAUGGCUAUUACAGAUAAUCUGCAGAAAGUGUUACAUAUCUCAGUGUCACCAGGGAUGCAGUAAUUAUCAAAGACAUCUUUGGGUUCCACAUAAUGAUUAUAUUAAAGGAUUAGAGUUAAGCACCACUGAUGAACCAAAAUCUCUUUGGGACUGCACAAAAAUCAUUGGAGUGGGGGAGGAGGUUUGAAUCUUUUAUUUUACUUUUUGAAAAAGCAAGAACUCCCCCCCCCCCAGCAUUUUU